AUGUCUCUCUUCAGCAUCCCUCAGAUACCUACCACUGUUCCUCAGGUACUGCAGACACCUCUGGGAGGUGUCCUUGCCAAUCCUCUUGCAGCUGUGACUGGCAACGGAACCGCUCCCAAAGCUGACUCUAACACCCAAUCAGCACCUGCCCCUGCACUCCCCGCAAACCCCAUCACCGGAGCACUUCAAGACCCUGCUACCGGUAAUUUGAACGGUCUGCCCGAAUCCGCACAUACAGCAUUGGCAUCUGCUACUCAAAUACCCGUCGUGACGGCCGAUGGUGUGAAUGGGUUAAAGGAGAAGUCGUCUUUGACUGGCGGGUUGCCUGGACUGCCAGUCUUGGGUAGUGUGGUAGCCGGUGUUGGGGGCGCUGUUUCGGCACUACCUGGUGUUUCUGGUAGCACGAAGAAGGUCGACCCGCCAGCAGGUGUUAGCGAAGGCGAUGUAAAGAAGUUGCCUUUGACCGGCGGAUUGCCUGGAUUAUCAACCUUGGGUAGCGUAGCAGCAGGUGUCGGGGGUGCUGUUUCAGCGCUACCUGGUGUUUCAGGUUUACCCAGCGUCUCUGGUUUACCUGGUUUACCCAGUGUUCCUGGUGUUUCUGGAUUGCCUGGACUUCCCGGACUGCCUGGAACCUCUGGGCUUCCUGGACUUCCUGGGCUUCCCGGCUUACCUGGCCUACCAGGAUCAGAUCUCCUCAACGGCGUCCUCUCAGGUCCUCAAGCCCUUCUCUCCCUCCAACAAAAUAUCGUAAAGUUCAUAACGUUCGCGAAACAAUUCAUCAAACAUUUCUCCACCUUGAUAUCUUUCCCGAUCAACGUCCUCCGAACGUUUCUCUCCCCCAGUUACACCUUGACCGAAACCAGCUUGACCCAAAUCUUGAAAUGGACCAUCUUGGCGAUCGCGAUCGCGGCCGUGGGCGAAUGGACCGGGUUCGUUUUGUGUAUCUUCGGAGUCGCAGUGUUCAUUAUGGUGUUGCCAGUAUUCUUGGGAACGAUUGGGUUGUUUAUUUUGGAGAUCGUUUUGGAGGGUUUGAUUGUAGGGUUUGGGUAUAUUCGAGGGAAGAAGAAGGAACAGCAGCAGCAGCAGCCGCAGCAAAAAAGUGCUGUUGCUGCUGUUGCUGCUGCUGCUAACGCUAUUGGCGACGCUAAGGGGACGGAGAGCGCGAGUGCACCAGCAACAGGCUUAGGCGUAGUAGGUCCAGGCUCAGCGGGGUUGCUGAGAUUGGCGACGAUUGCGAAAACAAAAGGUCCCGUGUCGGUUUCCCUCGUUGGGUGA